CCGGGCCGUGCCGCGUCGCCCUGCGCCGCCGGGCAGCGCUCCGUGACGGGGGCAGCCGAGCAGCGGGGCGAUGCCGCCCGGGACGCUCCGUGUGGGCGCUGAUGGGCGCUUUUCCUUCUGAUUCAAGCAGUGCGAGCGCCGCAGCUCCGGGCGGGAGGUGGGGAAGGACGUCUGGCCACGGGGGCUUUCGAGACACGGCAGCGACUCCGGUGGCGGCUUCAAGGAGGAAGCUGGAGUGACCGCAGCAGCUUCUUCCCCCCAGCGCAUCUGUUAUCUUAACUCCGUGGGGAACCGAUAGAGGUGGGUGGGUGCGGGGCCCUUCUCCUCCGCCGGACCUGAGGCUGCGUCCCGGACCGCCCCGCGGCUCCUCUCUGCCUCCAGCUGCCGCUCCGCUCACGGCACCGGAGACGCGCCGCGCUGCCGCACCGGCUCAGCGCUCAGCCCUCAGCCCGGCCCGCGUGCCGCCGGCGCUGCACCGGCUCUGACCAAGCGGAGCGGAGCGAAGCGAAGCCCAAAGCCCUCCGGGGGCGCGAGGCCGAGCGGCGGCCGCUUUCGUAUCCGCGCCGUUCUUUUUCCGCGCGCACUUCACACCGACACGGCGGUUUGCGAUUGACCAGAAACCGUCAGAGCACAACCGGCGGAUGUGAGCGCGGCCGGGGCAGAGAGCGGCGCCGGGGGCAGCGGGACCCGUUUGCGCUUUGCCCGCGGUCGCGCCAUUCCGUAGCGCCGUCCCAGCGGCGGUCGCCGGCCCUCCCGCACACGGCGGGGCUGCGCUGCGCGGCGGCGCCGAGCGAAAAGGAGAACGGCGCGGCGCCGCGCUGCAACCGGCACAGGAAGCGCCGCAGCCGCCUGGAAGAGCCCGGCCUCUUCGCUUCGCACCGCUGCGGCCGGUCGCAGCCCCGCGUCCGAACACCGGGAUGCUCGGCGCUCGCCCGGCCCCGAGGAGCCCGGCACGAUGGAGGCGGCCGUGAGCGGCAGCCGGUGGGGCCCACGGGCGGGGGCCGGGACUGCGUGCUGAUCCCGCAGUGCGGCGAGGGAUGGGGAUCCUGCCCAGCCGGGAGAAGCCGCUCAGCGCCGCACCGUUGGCCGCUGUCCCCGCGCCGUCCUCACUUCCAACACAGGCAGCCCCGGGCGGAUUCCAGGCGCUCGCCCUGUGUGAUUUCCCCUCCGGGACGGGCGCGACCGCUGUGCUGAGAAUGGGCGAGCAGCUCCGCGUCCUCUCUGAGGAUGGGGAGUGGUGGCUGGUGGCAUCCCAGGUGUCCGGCAAGGAGUGCCUCAUCCCCAGCAGCUGCGUGGCCAAAGUGCGGCACAGGUGGCUGUAUGAGGGCGUGAGUCGGGAGAAAGCGGAGGAGCUGCUGCUGCUGCCGGGCAACCACAGCGGAGCCUUCCUGAUCCGUGAGAGCCAGACCCGGAGAGGCGGUUUCUCACUGUCGGUGCGGCGCACUGAGCUUGCCUCAUGGGAUGCAGUCACACAUUACCGCAUCCACCGCCUGGAGAACGGCUGGCUCUACAUCUCGCCCCGCCUCACCUUCCCCAGCCUGCACGACCUCGUGGACCACUACAGCGAGUGCGGGGAGGGUCUGUGCUGCACCCUCAGGGAGCCCUGUGUCACAGAGAUGGCAAAGGCAGUGCCUGCCCUGGUCCGGCCCGCCGUGGUGAAGAAGCCAACGCUCAACUGGGACAAGAUUGACAGCUCCGUCCUGCUCUCAGAGGCUGUGCCACCUCCGGGGGAGGGAGAGGAGGACUCCCCCAUCAGCCUGGGCCUGCGGGAAGCCAUCAGCUCCUACCUGCUGCUGACCGAUGGCGUGGAUACAGAGACCGGCCCUGUGGGGAAGGGGGCGAAGAGCAGCUGAGGGCGCAGCUGCCACAGCCCCGGGAUGGGCACCCACACCUGCCCCACCGUGGGCUGCUGGGCCCUGAGCAGCACUCAGAGGGCACAGGCUGCGGCCCUGCAGUGAGGGCACACAGCUGGCGGUAGCCACGCUGACAGUGGUGCAGCUUCUGCAGGAGCUGGGACAGAGCCCAGGGCUGGGGCUGAGCCCAUGCAGAGGCACGGCCCCACAAGCUCCAGGCUCCACAGCACACGUGGGGCUCCGUGCAGCACAGAACCUGGGCCCCCAGAGCCCCUCAACAUGACUGGAGCAGCCCUGCCCCACAGCAGAGGCAGGAAGCCGCCCUUACCUCACCCCACAGACACGUUUAAAGCUUUACCUCACCCAUUAAACAGGAUCACGCAGGGCACACAGCAGCACCUGUUUGCAAUCUCUUAAUUAAGGGUUACAGGGGGGUAAAUUCAGCACCACCGCGCUGAGGCUCACAGAGCAGCCCUGCAGCUCGGGCAGCCUUUGCUUUAAGCAAAGUUGGGUUGGAGCACCAACCCAACUCGAGGACCACGUGGGAGCAGGGACAGCGUGGCAGUGCCACACCAAACCCAGCAGUGCUGUAAGCACAUCAGAGCAGCGCCACGGCUGACAGCAGCCCCCCAUUGCACACAGCAGCGGCACGGGGCCUGGAAACCUCUGCUCUACCCUUUCAGAGCUCACAGAGGCUGCUGUGGCAGCACCCGACCCACUUUCUGCCCCCGCCACGCUCCGCUCUCCCCAUUUUCAUGUCUCACUGCCGGGCUCACGCAGCCCCUGCGCACUCUCGGUUCCCCAGGUGCAGCCCAGGCAGGGGUUUCCUCAGGCCCCGCUCAGCUCUGCCCCCUUCUGCUCCCAUCACCCAGAUCUCAUCUCCCCCGUCC